AUGACUGGCAAAACGGCUCCAGCUGCUGCAAAGAAAGCACCAGCCCCAAAGAAAGAGCCAGCACACACCCCAAAGGAAGAGCCAGCGCACAGCCCAAAGGAAGAGCCAGCGCACAGCCCAAAGGAAGAGCAUGCCCCAGCCCCCGCUGCUGAAACACCCCCAGCCCCCGAGCAUCACCCCGAUGCGGAGCAGCCUGCGGCCCCUGCAGCUGAGCACGCUCCGGCCCAUGAGGCUGAAGCGACUCCAGCCCAUGAGGAAGGAUCCCCCCCGGCUGCCCCGGCUGAAGCCCCAGCCCCAGAGCCUGUGCCUGAGAAACCCAAAGAAGAGCCGCCCAGCAUCCCCUUGUCCUUGGCUGUGGAAGAAGUGACUGAAAACUCUGUUACACUGACCUGGAAAGCACCGGAGCAGACAGGCAAAUCGAGCCUGGAUGGAUAUGUGGUGGAGAUCUGCAAAGAUGGAAGUACGGACUGGACAGCUGUGAACAAGGAGCCUUUUCUCUCCACCCGCUACAAGGUCCAGGACCUUGGCUCUGGUGAGAAGGUCCACGUGCGGGUGAAGGCCAUCAGUGCCAGUGGCACCAGCAUCCCAGCUACCUUGGAGCAGCCAAUCCUCAUCAGGGAGAUCACCGAUCUCCCAAGGAUCCGCUUACCUCGCCAUCUGCGGCAGGUGUAUGUUAGGCAUGUUGGGGAGGCCGUGAACCUGCUGAUCCCUUUCCAGGGAAAGCCGCAGCCCCAGGUGACCUGGACCAAGGACAACCAACCCCUGGACACCAGCCGGGUCAACAUCCGCAACACAGAGAAGGACACCAUCUUCUUCAUCCGCACGGCGCAGCGCAGCGACUCGGGGAAAUACCAGCUUGCAGUGAGGAUAAAUGGAGCAGAGGACAAAGCCAUCCUGGAUAUCCGAGUGAUUGAGCGGCCCGGUCCCCCCCAGAACCUGAAGCUGGUGGAUGUGUGGGGCUUUAAUGUGGCCCUGGAGUGGAGUCCCCCAGCAGACAAUGGAAACUCUGAGAUAAAGGGCUACACGGUGCAGAAGUCAGACAAGAAGAGCGGGAAAUGGUUCACGGUGCUGGAGCGCUGCACCCGCACCAACUGCACCAUCUCCGACCUCAUCAUAGGCAACACGUACUCCUUCCGUGUGUUCUCAGAGAACGCCUGCGGGAUGAGCGAGACAGCAGCUGUUGCUUCUGGGGUGGCUCACAUCAAGAAGACAAAAACUGUUUACCAGCCACAGAAGAUCCCCGAACGGGACAUGAUGGAGCCCCCCAAAUUCACCCAACCCCUGACAGACCGAGCCACCACCCAGGGCUACAGCACUCACCUCUUCUGCUCCGUCCGGGGCUUCCCCCAGCCCAAAAUCAUCUGGAUGAAAAAUAAGAUGGAGAUACGGGAAGAUCCAAAAUACAUAGCAAUGAUCGAGCAGGGCGUCUGCUCCCUGGAAAUCCGCAAGCCCAGCCCCUUCGAUGCGGGCGUCUACACCUGCAAAGCUGUGAACCCUCUGGGGGAAGCCUCAGUAGACUGCAAACUUGAUGUGAAAAGUAAGUUUGACUGA